AGCAUCCAUAGCAGGAUAGAAACAAAUCAGGAGGCUUGUUUCUACACAUGAAGAACAUAUAUAAUAACUAACCCUAGUAUUUGAACUCUCAAACCCAUUCCACACUCCAAAAUCAUGAAGAAGGGGGCGAAACGCUUCGCACCCUCAGACUCCAUUCCCGACUCCACCGAUUCUGAUUUCCGGAGUAAAAGAGUAAUGGCAGCACCCCCUUUUGAUGUUCACAGGGCAGAAUCAUCUCGUCAGCAUCAGAUGGCUACACCCAUAUUAGAUGUUCAGAGGGCAGAGUCAUCUCGUCAGCAUGUGAGAGCUCUCAAUGCCCAAUUCGCAAGUUGGGUGCAAUCACAGUUGCAGAAUCACCCAGAUGAGCUUUGGCAAGAUGGUGUCCAAGACUAUUUAACCCAUGCAUCACACAUUAUGGAAAAAUUCAGUGAUGUAGUGGAAUGGCUAAAAGCUAAUGCAGCAAAAGCAGACGGUGGAUCUAAUGUGGCACCCAGCGAUGAGAAAAUUUUGGUGGCUGGAGCACAGAGUAAUGAGAUGAAGUUGCAAGUUAAUGAUAAAAGCAUGUUUCCUCACAAGUUUCCAACACUGAGCUUUGCAAAUUCAUGGAGCUCUGGCCUACUGUCUGGCAGUCAACAAUCAAUCUUACCUGGAAGUCAAAGUUCAACUUUCACAAAGCAAGAACCUACAGACGAUCCAGAUGGUGAAAAUGAAUUGGAGCAGCCGAGCAGCCCUUCCUUGAAGAAGACUGAAGAGCAGGGUAUCCUCGUAGUGCAUGAAGUCAAAUGCAAGGUUUAUGUAAAGCCAGACAAUCCUGCAGACAAGGCUUGGAAAGAUAUGGGUAUGGGUCAGCUCUCCAUUAAAUGUGUAGAAGGUGCUAGCAAAGCUACCAAAGAAUCCAAACCAACCAUCAUCAUUCGGAAUGAUGUUGGGAAAGUGUUGCUCAAUGCUUUGUUAUAUUCAGGCAUCAAAAUGAAUAUACAAAAGAACACUAUCACUACAAUAUUCCAUACUUUGGCCGGUGGAAACGAAGCUGGCAAAGAUGCUACUGCUGUUGCUCGUACAUAUUUAUUAAGGACGAAAACAGAGGAGGAGAUGAAUAAGCUGGCGGUGGCUAUCAAAGAAUAUGCUCCAGCUGCCUGAAAACCUCAUGCAGCGGCAUCAACUUUCACGUGCUAUUCUUUUGAGUUAUGAGAAUUAAAUGCUGUAGCGAUAAUGAAUGCUUUGGGUUUUUAGAGCAAUGCCUAGAAACAAACUAGUUGGCAGCAUUUUCUCCAUAUAUACCGGAGGGGAUGCUCUGGGCUCCCUCCAGAAGCAGCAGCACUGCUUGUAAUAUGAAUCGAGAGUAAUGGAAAUUUUCACUCCUUUGUUAUGAAAAUUUGCACUUGUAUUGGAAA